AUGCAGACUGCACUGGAGCGGCAAGUAGGAGGUUUAGAAGCAUCAAAACAUGACAUAAAAUUAAAACCGCUGACGGUGAAAAUAAUUGAGGCACCCAGUUCGAUGGUAGCGGAUCGCCGCUACGAAGUCAUAUGUGAAUCAACCGGUUCACGUCCGAAUGCCAUCAUCACCUGGUAUAAAGGGAAGCGGCAGUUGCGGCGCACGAAGGAUGACAUCUCCAAGAAUGUGACACGUUCAGAGUUGAGUUUUGUGCCCACCACAGAUGAUGAUGGCAAAUCAAUAACAUGCCGCGCUGAGAAUCCUAAUGUGAAUGGUCUGUACUUGGAAACAAUGUGGAAGCUGAAUGUCGUAUAUCCACCUUUAGUGACACUACGACUGGGCUCAACACUCACACCUGACGAUAUUAAAGAAGGUGAUGAUGUUUAUUUUGAGUGUCACGUACAAUCGAAUCCUCAAUGGCGGAAGCUCUUGUGGUUACAUAAUAAUAUUCACCUCGAACACAACACUUCCGCCCGUGUCAUACGCUCCAAUCAGAGUUUGGUAUUACAAAAAAUCACCAAACACUAUGCAGGAAAUUACGCUUGCAGCGCCAUCAACGAUGAGGGUGAAACUGUCAGCAACCAACUGCCGUUGCGUGUAAAAUACACGCCUGUUUGUAAGCAUAUGGAUCGUGUCAUACUAAUUGGCGCCUCAAAGGAUGAAACUGUCGAAGUCACGUGUGAAAUACAGGCAGAUCCACCCCCCCGAACUUUUCGUUGGAAAUUCAAUAAUUCCGGUGAAACCUUAGACGUUGGCAGUGAACGCUUUAGCGUUAAUGACAGCCGAAGUGUGCUGAAAUAUACGCCAAUAUCUGAUCAGGAUUAUGGCACCUUAUCCUGUUGGGCUUCAAAUGAAGUUGGUACGCAAAACCAGCCUUGCCUUUUCCAAGUAGUAUUAGCUGCUCUUCCCAAUGGAGUUUCGAAUUGCUCCAUCGUAAAUCGCACUGAUGUCAGCGUCGAUAUUCAAUGCAUUCCUGGCUAUGAUGGUGGAUUGCCACAGAUUUUUGUGUUGGAAAUGUUCUCUGCACGCACGGGUCUUACAAGAUUUAAUUUGACUAAUGUUGAGGAGCCACAAUUCUCCCUGGAAAAUCUCGAUACUUUGACAUCAAUGAUGACACAGGAGAACAACUCAUUGAAACUACGUAUUUAUGCUUACAAUCAGAAAGGCCGCAGCCCUUUGUAUCUGCUGUCGGAUUUUAUCAUUGGCUCAUCAGCAUAUAAAGCAGAAGAUGAAGUAUCCUUUUCGCUUUCACCGGUUUUGGUUGGCAGUGGGCUCACCGUUGUCAUCAUUAGUUUGGCCAUCAUCGUGCGCAUAUUCAUACUUUCAUUCAUGCAGAAUUUGCAGCGCAAUCAGCAGCAUGGUAACAAACCUAUAGCGACCGGUGUGGCAGCACAAGCUGGCGACGUGCUGAAGAAGUGCGGUGGCAUGGAAAAACCACGUUGGCAGCAUACGGACAUUAAAACUAAAUCAUCUGAAGAUCUGGUGGAAGACGAACGAGAUCCGGAUGUCAUACCAUCCCAAUAUGUUACGGCUGGUAAUAGUGUCGGCGGCAGUGGUGGUGGCGGUGGUGGCAGCAGUGGAGGAAGUGGCAACGGUAGUAGUAGCAACAGCAGCAAUGGUGGCGGUAGUGGCGGCGUCGGAAGUGGCAACGCUGGCGGUUCUGAGCUUCACUUCACACCAAUAGCUGCCACAAAGUGGUCACCAAAUUCCAAACAUCUUCCUACAACCGCAUAUGACAACAUAACGCAGCUUGUUGCUGCUAAUCAAAUCACUGCACGUACAACUCAUCUACUAUCGGGCACGACAACAGACCCCAACGGCUGCGGCAGCGGCAGUGACAGUAGUGCCAUUGUCAAUGCGCUGGAUACUGGCUUAUUGCAUCACCAUCACCAGCAGCAUACCAGCGCUGGCAGCUCAAAGGCGCCAGUAGUUGGUGCUUCAACUGUUGUCACAGCGACGACUUCAGCACAUGGCCUAAACGAGGCACUAAUCAGCUCGCCCACCGCCUCCUACAAUGCCAUGCAUCUGCAACAGCAACUGCAUAUUGGCCCCCUUGGCACCGGUGGCGGUGGCAGCACAUUACCACCUGGGCUGGGGUGUGGCAGUGGCUACAUACUCAACAGUCUGCUCAAUAGCAAUGAAAGUUGCAAUAGCAAUGGCAGCGUCAACAGCAACAGCGGCAGUGCUGGACUGCAUCAUAAUUUAGUUGGCGGCACCAUAGGACGUACAGCAAUGCUGCAGCAGCACCACCAUCAGCAGCAGCAACAACAACAAAACAUGCAACAACUACAACAUCAUGCGCCGGCACUACCGCAUCCACUGGCGUAUAAUACACUGGCGGGUACAACGAGCAUGAGCACUGGCGGCGGGAGUGGUGCUGGUGGACGCCAUCAUCACAAUGCAUUGCCAUCAAUGUUGCUCACCUCACAGACUUCGGCCUCGUUGAGUGGCAUUGGACUGCUACUGAAUGCCAGCAAUAAUAAUAGUAGCAGUAGUGGCGGUGCCAGCGGCUUGGGUCUCAGUAUGACGACUGGUGGUGCGACAUCGGCAUCGGCCGCCUCUACAGCAACGACGUCCUGCAAUUCGUCCACAGACUUGGAUGACAACAUAAAUAUCAAUGCCAUCAAGGAUUGCUUAAUGACACAGCGUGUGCCCGAAAGCUGCGUCUGAGCUGGCAAUUUAUGCAGUGCCCGAACAAAGGCGCACCACAGCAAGCGCGACGAGUACAUGAGUAUGAAGUAAGGAUAUACCAUAGUGCUUCGAGUGAAGUGGAUUGUAGUAAAAGAAGCAGUGGGGUGUGUAUAAAAGUAAGUAGCGCGUUAAGAGCGAAAUGUGUGCUGGCAGCCUGAAAGGGGAACAGUUGGAAGAGCGGCAUGUAAAGUAAGUAGCUUACAAAAGGCAUUGGUAAUGGAAAUUCUUUUUAAUAAAAUAAGUAAGAUACCUCUACUCUCAAAAGUCCAUACAAGAGUAUGUGUAAGUGCAUAUGUAUGUAAAUAUACAAUAUAUAAUUAAGUAUAGUUGUAAAAGAAUGAGUUGAAGCAUAGAGUUCUAUUGGUUGAGUGUUGAGUGUCUCAUUGCUGCUAACUCCAUGGAGUACGUCCUUGACAAAUUUAGUUAGGCAUUAAGUACAGUUAGAUUGAUGAUUGUGCAAAAAGUUUUCGCGUAACUAAUUACUAUGAUCAUUCGAUUACACUGACACAUAUAGUGCUUGUGUGCGACCAAAAUUUCUUCUGCCUAUUGUCUUUUUCGAUGUCUCUCUCUCUGAGUAAGACGCUGAUAAAUGAACGCCAGUGAACGCAAAUAUGACUGCACUAAGUCUUACGACUAAGCCCAUUCAGGCUACUCAAUCGAUGCGAGUCGAGUUCACAACAACACAACAGUCAUGUCCUGCUUUUGUGUAUCGCCACUUAUUGCACACACCAAACGAUGCCAACUCAUAUUUUCCCAAGUCACGAAUCGGCUAAACAAAUAAGACAACAAAGAGUAGGUAUGAAUAUGGUUGGAGCCGUUAAGUUAGUUUAAAUAGCCACUCGAAUCGACUAAAAUUAAUUAAGACUGAACUUAUGUUCAACAUAUGGAUGUUGGGCUGGAAUGAUUGCUACUUAUCUCAUAGGAGUCCACGCCGCCUUUUUCUUCUACACUAAUGCACGCGUUACUUACACUCGCAUCAUCAAAAGCCGUUUCCUCUUGGCAGAAAGACUAGUACACCAGUUGAACCCAUGAUCUAA